UUUCUCGAACGGGUUUGACAGUUCUCCGCUGGGCCCUGGUCUACUUGAUUUGGUGGUUCACUCACCACGCGACCGGAACAUCAUAUAAACAGUUGCGAAGUCUAUUGAAAAUUAAUAGAAAAAUACCCCAAUACAUUAAGUUUGGUGCUACAGCGAGUGAACCUCCCGUGGGUGGACGAAAACUCCCGUUCGACCCCUCGCGCCACGUUGUGUUUAUCAGCCCGCUACGAAUGCGACCAGCAACCCGGCCAGCAGGAUGAAAUCGGACAUCGACUACAGGAACAAGCUCGUGCUGGCCCCGAUGGUGCGCGUCGGCACGCUGCCGAUGCGGCUGCUGGCCCUCGAGUACGGUGCCGACCUGGUGUACACGGAGGAAAUCAUCGACUGGAAGCUGCUGCGAGCGGAACGCCACACGAACGAGGUGCUCGGUACGAUCGACUACAUCGACACCACGGACGGUACGGUCGUGUUUCGUACCUGCCCGGACGAGCGGGGGAAGGUGGUGCUGCAGAUUGGGACGGCAUCGGCCGAGCGGGCUGUUGCCGUUGGGCAGAUGAUGCAAAACGAUGUGGCCGCCAUUGACGUGAACAUGGGCUGCCCGAAAGACUUUUCCAUCAAGGGCGGUAUGGGGGUGGCCCUGCUGUACGAUCUGCCCCGUGCCAAGGCCAUCCUCGAGGGGCUGGUGCAGGGCGUGCGGAUACCGGUGACGUGCAAGAUUCGGGUCAUGCCCGAUCUGGACGAAACGGUCGCGCUGGCGAAGGAGCUGCAGUCCACCGGCAUACGGGCGAUCGGGGUGCACGGGCGCACCAAGACGGAGCGACCGCGCGAUCCAGUUAAUGAAGGCGCCAUUGCCCGGGUAGCAAACGCAUUGCACAUUCCGGUCAUUGCGAACGGUGGCUCACAAAGCAUCACCCGCCGGCACGAUAUACUGCGGUUUGCGCAGCGCUGCUCCACAACGAGCGUGAUGGUGGCCCGAGCCGCCGAAUGGAACUGUUCCGUGUUCCGGGCGGACGGUCCGCUGCCACUGGACGACGUGAUUCGGCGCUAUCUGGAGCUGUCCGUCCGGUACGACAACUCGCCCUCGAACACCAAGUACUGCGUGCAGAUGAUGCUGCGCAGCCUGCAGGAGAGCCCGAUCGGGCGCCGUCUCCUGGACAGCCAAACGAUGCAGCAGAUAUGCGAUAUCUGGGAAAUGGGCGAGUACUGUCGGGAAACGCAGCUCCGAUACCAUUUCGCUGGCAUCAAGGGUCGACGCGCCUGUCGGCCACGCACGCAGUCUGGGGACGGUGGUCCGGUAGCGGAAGGCAACGAGCCGACCGCUAGCAAAAAGCAGUGCCUUGAGGAAUCGCCGGACUCCGAUCCGGAGCCGCUGAACGAGGAAAACGUUUGCUUUAUACGGUCCAAUUUUAUUGACGGUAUGGAUUGGCGUUUUUUUUCUGUCCUCCUCACUCCAUCCACACAGUGUAACAAGCACAUUCUUUUUUCUCUCCCAGACAAUUCGCUGCCAAAAUCCAAACUCUACCUGCACGCGGUACGGAACGGGCUGCCGCGGGCCCAGUACGAGGUGCAGCAGAAGGACAAACUGUUCCGGGCGACCAUCCGGUUCGAUGGCCAGCGCUACACCAGUUCGUUCUGGGAGAAGAAUAAGCGAUACGCGGAGCAGGCGGCCGCACUCGUGUGCCUGCUGAAGCGCGGGGUCGAGUCGCGCGACGAGCUGAUACGGAAUGGUGCGAUGCUGCCGGCCAAAAAUGGACCGGCCGCCGCUGUGGUGGAGCUGACGGAGAGCAGCAAGACAGAUGCUCCUGGAGAGAGUGAAACGAACGGGGAAGCUCGACCGAUGGUGGAAAGUUGUUGAAUGCUCACCGUUUCGGGUGCUAGGUGAAGUUUGUCGGUAGCAGGAAAGCUUAUAAAUGACACUCGUGUACAGUUGAAAAGAAAAAAAAAAACAGAAAGUUAUUUAAAGAUGGUUAAACCUUACGUAUUGCGGCUUCUAGCAAGAAGAGCCGGAUGAGAAAACGAGCGCAGUAAGUUAGCACAAAUGUUUGCAAACGAGACCAUGCGAGACCUUUUAUCGGGAUAUGAAAAUGCAUACUAACUCACAUCUGAAGCCUAUUUUGUGCAAAUUGUAAAAUAUGUUACCCGUGUUUUAUUAAGUUAUAAAAUAAAUCCCUACUCAGAAUGUC